AUGGUACAUGCUCCGCUUAAAAAUGCAAUAAGAGAAUCUCGCCACGUGGCAGUUCAUGGACUACCACGAACCAUCCCGGAUGAAGACCUACACAAAUUUUUUUCCAGAUUCGGACCGAUACAACAGUUGUUUCGGUCACCAGAAGACCUCGAAGGCGUCCUUUAUAUCACCUAUAUGGACACUCGUUCAGCUUCAGUUGCAUGCAAUAGCGAGAAACAAUUUAACAAAGAUACACCGUUUCGGAUUGAAUACUGUAAUCCAGAAACACUACCUAACAUGCAGUAA